CUUCCGGGGCGGAGCGCGGAGCGGAUCGGGGCCGCUGGAACCAUGAUGGCGCAGCGGGCACUGCCGAACCCUUAUGCCGACUACGACAAGUCCUUGGCCACCGGUUACUUCGAUGCUGCCGGGAGGCUGACCCCCGAAUUCACGCAGAGGCUGAAUAACAAGAUCCGGGAGCUGCUCCAGCACAUGGAGAGAGGCCUCAAGUCUGCAGACCCGCAGGACUGCACCGCGUACACUGGCUGGGCAGGCAUUGCUGUGCUGUAUUUGCACCUCUAUGAUGUGUAUGGAGACCCAGCCUACCUUCAAGCAGCCCAUGAGUAUGUAAAGAAGAGCCUGAGCUGUCUGACAAGACGAUCCAUCACGUUCUUGUGUGGAGAUGCCGGGCCCCUGGCAGUGGCUGCUGUUGUCUACCACAAACUGCAGAACCACAAGCAGUCAGAAGACUGCAUCACUCGUUUGCUCCACCUUCACAAGCUUGACCCCCGAGUGCCAGAUGAGCUGCUCUAUGGGCGCAUGGGCUAUCUCUAUGCACUGAUGUUUGUGAACAAGCACUUUGGAGAGGAAAAGAUCCCUCAGAGUCACAUUCAGCAGGUCUGUGAAGCUGUUGUUGCCUCAGGAGAGAGCUUGGCCAAAAGGAGGAACUUCACAGCAAAGAGCCCACUGAUGUAUGAGUGGUACCAGGAGUACUAUGUAGGAGCAGCCCAUGGUUUGGCUGGGAUCUACUACUAUCUCAUGCAGCCUGGCCUUGGAGUAAGCCAAGUAAAACUGCACAACACAGUGAAACCCAGCGUGGACUACGUCUGCCAGCUCAAGUUCCCAUCUGGCAAUUACCCUCCCUGCAUCAAUGACACCAGAGACCUACUCGUGCACUGGUGCCACGGGGCACCAGGUGUUAUCUACAUGCUUCUCCAGGCCUACAAGGUCUUUGGGGAACAGCAGUACCUAAAUGAUGCCCUGCAGUGUGCAGAAGUCAUCUGGCAGUAUGGGUUACUGAAGAAAGGCUAUGGACUGUGCCAUGGCACAGCUGGCAAUGCUUACAGCUUCUUGGCACUGUAUAACCUCACUCAGAACAUGAAAUACCUUUACAGGGCCUGCAAGUUUGCAGAGUGGUGUUUAAGCUAUGGCCAGCAUGGGUGCCGGACUCCAGACACUCCAUUCUCUCUCUUUGAAGGAAUGGCUGGAACGAUUUACUUCCUUGCUGACCUGCUGGUGCCAACCAAGGCCAAGUUCCCUGCAUUUGAACUCUAAAUCUGAGCUUGGCAGUUUCAUGCCUGAAUCCUUCUGCACUUGGAAAAGCAGUUUGGAUCCGCUUUCUCCUCCUUCCAAAGUCAUUGUUCACCGAACUGAAGGGAAACCCAUCCUCCUGAGGGCAUGCUGAGUUCUCUAAUACUUCUAAUCAUCUCAUUGCAUUGUUUCCGUUUAAAAGACAGAAUGCAGGUUUGGCUGGUGUCUUAGAAACACAGGGAGCAGGGAGAAAAUACACAGUAUUCUGUUGGCUAGAGAGUUCUGCUAUUUUUUGUAUCCCAUUUUCUGUGUCCUGUUUCCUGGGUGAAAGUUUUCUAUUGAAUGCAUCUUUGGCUAUUUAUUAUUGUGAGCUGACAGAUACUAGCAGGAAUUUAGUUGCCUUUGGAAAAUGAAAGAUGAAAAACUGGGACUAUUGCCCUGCAAGUUGCUUGUAGGAGUUUCUUGUCUGAAUACCCAAGGAGCAGGCAGUUCAGUGUCUGAGCUGCUUCACAUAAAGCAAAUGUGAUGGGCUCUGGAGGCUUUCUAUAUGUUCUUUAAACAUCAAAUUGCAAGUGGCACAGCUGGGUCUGUCCUGAAUUUCCACUUACCUGCUUUAAAGACAAAGGCUAUGUAUAACUCCUGUGCAUUUCUUCCCAGUGACAGCCAAAUAAUCCACUGGCUUUUGUGCCUAUUUGCCAUCUUAUGCUAAACCUUGCAAAAGGCAAGGUUUAUCAUGUAAUGGCAAACUCCAAAAGUGAGCUAAACAUGCUUGCUGGUGUGGUCUCUUCUGCUUAGCUUUGAAGGUUUAUUAUGCAGUCUUUCAUUACAGUUGUGUAUGAAUAUGAUGGGUGAGAGGUGGUGCCAGGCCCACCAAGCAGCAGCAUGGGAAAAAGCACUGAAUUCUGCCCACUUUAACCUAUUCCCUGUAUGGAUGUUGUUUACAUGCUUCCUUUUAUAAGCUUUCCUGAACCUGGAUAAUUUGAGUCACUUGUUUGCCUUGUUACUACUUGCUUCUUGUAGUUUGAUAUGCAACCACAUGUCUACUCACCUGAAAUGUCUGCUCUAGGUUAAAUAGGUUUGACCCAUUGAGCAGAUCAGAUACUUGUAAGGGACUUGACCCUGUAAAGGACAUUCUUAGUACUGAGCACGAGCUAAGCACUGAGCACAGCGAAAUCUACUGAUGCAGCCAUAGUGCUUGGUGCUGUUUGAGAGCAGCUCCUCAGCCUGCACAAGCAACCUCCAAGCCAGCACUCCUGCACCAGUGACAGUGAAGUAGAAGGACCAAACCUGGCACACUAACAUAGCUAGCUCCCAUGUGCUUGAAUGCAAGGUAGCCUAGCCACAGCAUAGGCAGACCCUCAAGAACCUCCUGGAUGGGCUGCUCCAGCAAAGAGUAGAAGCCAUUCCUGGAAGGCUGCUUGUUUCCUCAAAACCCAGCCUCCUGCUGCCAUCACGUUUCUGGAAGUUCAUCCAAAGAUGGCCUGAAAUGCAGAGAAGCUCAGUCUGCUUUGGGCUGAGCAUUCCUGUCAGAAGCCUCAAGCUCAUGCAGACCUUUGCCUAUCAUUCACAGAGCCUAAACAACACAGGGAGGUGACUGGAAAGGAGGAAGCACAGCCCUGAGGGCUGGAUUUGGCUAAUCAGACAGUUUGGGGGUAGGAUCCUGUAGGACGUGAGGCCUGCUGUCAGUUACCUUCCGGCUUGGCUGGUGUGAUGGCAGUGCAGGACACUGCUCUGAGCCUAGGUUUCUUCUGGGCACUACUGCUGCAAAGGAGGUGGUUCCUGCAGCCUGGUGCCAUGGCAGCAUCAAGUCCCAGGGUUGGUACACUGAUGGUCAGGGGAUCAUCAGGGUACAUGUGUACUGGUAUACAAGUGUUUUGUGGAGCACUGUUUAAUAAAAACACCAAAACUAC